AUGCAUUAUCUUGCUCGCAUUCCUCAUCGACCGAUGCUCGGUUUUCUCAUCAAAGAUUAUCUUCCGAGAUCUAGAAAGAGGCUACCCUGCUUCAAUUACAACAUCCGCCAUAAUCUGUCACGAGUAAUAUCUACGAAUUCAGCAUCACCUUAUGAGCACUUCUUCCGCCAAACAAGUGGCCGCUGGCUAUGGGAUGAAGAGAGCCAGCAGCGCGAGCGAUUCCUAGUUUUCAAUGUGCAGGAGCUCAAGCGCAUUGCAGCCGAAAGCGUUGAGGCGCAAUCCUGUGUGUCCAUAACCAAAUUCGCUGAAGGCGGUUACAACAAGGUGUUCCGACUAGUCAUGGACAAUGGUUCUGUUGUCAUUGCACGUAUUCCAAAUCCGAACGCUGAUCCUGCCUAUAAACGACUGCUUCUGAAGUCGCAACUAUGGAUUUUAGCGGUACUGAACAUACCCGUUCCAAAAGUUUUUGCUUGGAGCGCAUCAGCAAACAAUCCUGUAGAAGCCGAGUAUAUUAUAAUGGAGGAGGCACCAGGAACAAAGCUGGAGGACGUCUGGGCCGGCAAAACAAUUUUUGAGAAAACGGAGAUUGUUGAUGGCUUAGUAGAAAUUGAGAAGAAGCUACUUUCAGCGUCUUUCAAAAAGUAUGGCAAUAUUUACUUCGCAAACGAUUCUUUCCCAGGAUGUGAAGCAGCUGAGAUUGUGGGUGAUAUCCCUGCAGAAUUAAAGAGACUCGUGGCAGAGCGUUUUGUCAUCGGACCAGUUGUUGAUAGGGAUUUUUGGAAUGGAAGACCUUGGAUAAGUAGCUUUGCUGUUCCAAGAGCGCCAAAAGAUGUAUUGAUAUCAUCUAAGGCUCAGAAUUCGCCCACUUCUCACAUCUCACUCUACAAAAUGUUCUUAAGUACUAUACCAUACCUCUUUCCCGAAAAGAAAAGGCUUUACUGCUCUACUCUUUGGCAUUGGGAUAUCCAUUCCGCAAAUCUCUUCGUGGAAGGCAAUCGAAUCACUAGUCUCAUCGACUGGCAGGAUACAUGGGCUGGCCCUUUAUUCCUACAAUUCCGGAAUCCAAAACUCGUGCAUUAUAAUGGCGAGGUGCUACUAAAACUCCCAGAGGACUAUGAAAGCCUCGAACAGGGCGAUGAAAAAACUCGUACGAGAAAGCAAGUUGAAAAGUCUAUUAUCCUGCAUUGGGACGAAUUAGGCUUCAAUACUCCUUGUCCAAUACACUUCACAGAAGAGGAACUGCAGGCUCACUGUAGAGACUGUGAGGGUUGGGACGAGCGAGCAGAUUUCUGGGAUUCAUUAGCUGGGUUUGUGAGUCGUGAUGGAUGGACUUCCAAUGAGACAUACGACGAGGCGCUUGAGAUGUUUGGUGGGAUUAGAAAGGAAGGAUUGAAAAGUCUUACUGGAACGGAGCGCGCAGAUUUUGAGGCGCAAACAAGAUGGGCCGAAAGAAAGGUUAAUCAGAUUGUUAGGCUAGGAUAA